AAAAAGCUUCUACUGUUAGUUUACACUUUGCAUUUUUACCAAUUCGUUUUAUUCAAACUUGAAAGACUACGUCACUACCAAUUUAUUUCAAAUACGGUAGCAAGCUGCAAGCACCUCAUAUCUUGGCAGCAUUUUUUAUCGUGUUCGCCGUUGCUUUCGUAUUUCGUGUGAACUGUGUUGGAGCUCUUUUAGUUCGGUAGCAAAAUCUUUUGGAGUGGAAUAAAAAAUGGACGCGUCGGAUUCCUCUUUGGAAUGGAUAAGGAUAGAUAUUGGCAAUCAGGAUGUUGAUAGUUUGGAUUUGUUGAUGAAGUUUGUUGCAAAGUAUUCGUCGGUCCGUCCUGCUUUUAUUGCUCUUAUCGGUUCUCUGAGUGACAGUGUUACUCUGGAGGAGCGACCUGAUAUCGAAGCCAUUCUGAACAACACUCUUCCGUGUUAUGUGCUGAACCGACGGUCCGCGGACAUCGAUUACAUACCGUCAUGCGUUGCUUCGGUUUACAACCGGUUGGGAACGGAUGUUUUUUAUGUUCGCAUAAGUGGUCGCAAUGUGAAUGUACUGCAAAAUCCCGAGCGGCGUGAUUUUUCCACUGACGAGGAUCCACCUGAUGAGAUUGAGCUGGAUUUGGCCGAAUCGGAUUCUGAAUAUUCGCGCCUCUUAUUGCUAAUAUUUACGAUGUCGCACAUUGUUCUUUGGUUCCAUAGUGAUAUUGUGUUCUCAAAUUAUGACCUGCGGCUUCUGAAAAUUGUCGAUCUCGCAAGGCUUAAAGGGUUGCCACUGGUCAGCAAGAUGCUGGCACAGAUUACUGAAAAUAAAGACUGGGUGCGGGAGGGCUGCCUUUGCUGUCCGCGAUUGAUAUUUAUUUUCAGCGGAUCACCUUCUUUCUUAGACCCAAACAGCUUGCCACACGAGAAGAACUAUCUGGAGCUUAAAGCGGAGCAAGACGCGUCGGUACGGCUGUAUACGGUCCUGAAAAAAUGCCGACUGAUUUCAAUUCCACGGUCAUCAGGCCUAUGUUUUCUUUCCGCGAAAAAAGAAACAGUCGUUUUCGUCCGGGAACGCGCUACUCCAUCUCAGUUCUUGAAUGUUCUUCCGAAUGUCAAAGAUUUUGGGUCUAAAAAUUCAGAAGCGGACGAUUCAACAGAGUUUUUUAUUCCUCCGGUAAACAACGUUAAGGACAAAGACCAGCCUAACGUUCCACUGCGGUUGGGCACACAAUCCUUUGCCAGCUCAUUUGACGGCAUGUUACAAACAUGCAUUUCCGACAUUACGCAAGCAUCUGUUGUUUCUGCUACAUCGCGCCCGUCUGGAUUUGCUUGGCCUUCCCAUUUUUAUAAGCCGUCAUUGUCAGAAUGGUUCGCUGCUGCCCUUCAAUUCCACAGUCUGCUGUUUCACAGCGAAGAAUUUCGUACUUUGCUGGACAGCCGACUAGGCUGCACAAUGUCCAUCAGCCGCAAAUACUCGAAAUCUGUUGCUGUCUUUUCGGUUAACAGUUUCUCCUUACGCUUGAUGGAUUCCAGCAUUCGCCAGAUUCGAAAUUGCUUGCACUCAUACAUGCAGUUUGCAAGAGGUCCGGCUGCCAAAGGAUUCGGUGGAGCAUUGACUUCCUACCUUACCGCCGGCUCACGGAACCGCCGACAAUGCCCCGUGCGAAGUUUAUUUGGCUCUCGUUGCAGUUUGACGGUUCACUUGACUCCCCAACAGUCUGCACGCCUCGGAAAAGAUCCUCGGAAGCAAAGAUUGCCCGUUGUGUAUCAUCAGUCACGCGUAUCCUUAAUGAGUUUCUGUAGCUGCGGUCGGACAGCCCAGCAGCGUCCAGAACCAUUCAAUGUUCGGGAAGCCAAUGAGUUGUUUUACGAAACGAUGGCCUAUAAGUGCUGCUCGUUGCUGGAUAGGCGUAUUGAUUUUCCAUCUUCCUCAUUAAACCGGAAAGACCGAAAGGCUAAAGAAGAUAAAAAACCGGAAGUCAUGACAAUUAAACGCUUCGAUUCCUUUCCGGAUCUCUCGACCGCGGCUCAGUUUAAUGAAAAGGAAAUCAGCCAGCCCUUUGUCAGUGUCGUGGUGCCGGCUGAACCUGAAUCGACUACCAACAGAGCAACCAUCCGCCCAUACAUGUUCCAGCUGGGCAUGAGCUAUGAUUUAACACCACGAAUAUCGUCAUGGGUGCUAUAUGGCUUGGGCAGUGCUAGUCGCUACCGGCAUGCACAUGGUUUGGAACAUCAUUUACAAGCGGAUUUUCUCAAUCUUCAUCAUCAUUUAAUUGCCGUUGACACAGAGAUCCUUCUUGACCAUCGUCACAAAUUUAUAAGACAUUUACCAAACCGUCCAACACAUACUCAGAUUGUGGAGCCGGCGACCACCUGGCAUUCAAAAAUUUAUUUUGGCCUGGAUUUUGAGUGCCCAAAAGGACAUCGCUUUAUGUACAAAAGCAGAGAAAUUUUCGACCUUUAUGCCGAAGGCAAAACGGAUGUUGCACAGAAUUUGGCGGAGAACAUUCUUCGAAAUGGAGCUCCGCUUUUUAUGCGUUGCCAUUGCAAAGAUGCUAAGGAAAAUCGGCAGUUUAUUGCUCAGCUUAUGCGAAUCCACGUGAUCACGCCUCGUGAUGUCCUGCAAAUUGGAUUUCUACCGAAAGUGAAAAUCAGUCGUGGUAUACCAGCCUUUCACCCUGGCAUCGAACAUCCCCUCAUUCUGGAUGCGAAUAUGUAAUUUCCGCGACGUUUUCUAAC